AUGAAGAAGUCUUAAAACUUUGAUAAAAAUCAAGAUUACAAUCAAAGCUCUAAAUAUUAUGUAAUUAGAAAUACAGGAAAAGAAGAAGAGCAAUACAAUGAAGAUGAUAAUCAGAUUCCUUAGACUGUCACUUCAGUUUAAUCAUAAAAAAAGAUAUAGCAAAGAUCUUAGAAAUCUUUUAAUUAAAUUAGUAAGAAGCCCUCUUCCUCAAAUAAUAAAGAAUAGCAAGGCGGAUUAGAUAGUCCAACUAGCUAAGAAUCUAGAAGAUUACUAUAGCGUGAAAGUUCUUCUCAAUUGUAAUCAAGAAAUACAUAAAGAGAAGCUCUAAGUAACUCUCAUUUCGAUCUUUAAAGAGAAUCUAAUCCUUAACUUUUAGGAGAGGGAAGAAUUGGAGAAUACGGAGAAGAAGAAGAAAAUAUAACUUGCGCUAGAUUCCCUCAUUUGAGCUUCUGUGCAUGUGAAAUUUAAUGUCAAACUGCAAUAAAAGAAAUAUAGUUGUUAGAGGUCUAUCCUGGGAUUUAUUUAGGAAAUUUCACUCAUGGACUUGGUAUUAAAAAGUUGCUACUUAAAGGAGUGACUCAUAUUUUAAAUGUAACUGCACAAGAAUAUAAAAAGAGAACUAAAUAUUUCAAAUACCUGAAUAUUGAUGUAUACAAUAAGAGUGACGAAGAUAUUAAAAAACACUUCAGAAUUACUAAUAGAUUUAUUAAAGAUUGUAUUAUAUCAGGGGGAAAAGUAUUUAUUCAUGACUUAAAUGGAAUUAAUAUAGGACCAUGCUUUUGUCUUGCAUAUUUGAUAAAUAAUGAAAAAAUACCUUUGAAAACGGGUUUUGACCUCAUGAAAGAAAGAUAAUAACUCUAAAUCACCCCUAAUUUUUUUAAACAGUUGGAAAGAUACGAUUUAGAAAAACUUGCUUUAGUCACUGUUAAAAAGAAAAAUGAUUGA